UAAGUUGGAGAGAUCAUAGAGAUCUUUACACGUGUUUCUAUUACUACUGCGAAUAGCCAGGGAAACCUGCUUCUGUGUCACUUCACAUGAUCAAUGCAAAAAAACAACACAUACAGUGUUUUUCAUCUUUCUUCUCAGUUGAGAACACAUAAGGAGGGAAAAAGAACGCAAAAAAGGGAAUCAUAAGCAAGAAGGAAGGCUUUGGAAAUGGUAUCUACUGACUCAUUCAAAGACAAAUCCUUCUCUCUCACCAGGACACUUCUUCCAUGGACUAUCUGUGCCUUGUUUCCCAUAGCUCUGGUUCGUUUAUUGUUUUACCCUCUACCCUUUUCUCCAUUUCCAAAAACUGAUCUUUCACAUCCCACCAACAACAAGAUCACCUACCACUCUUCUCUUUCAGUUUCUGCUUCUCCCCCUUCUUCUGCAGAAAAUGGAAAAACUAAUGAGACAAAAUGUGACUAUUCCAAUGGUGAAUGGGUGAGUGAUAGUAGGGGCCCUUUGUACAAUGAUACAACAUGUGGUACGAUCAAAAAAGGCAGAAAUUGCAUCACCCAUGGUAGGCCUGACUUGGGCUAUCUCCACUGGAGAUGGAAGCCCAAAGAGUGCAAUCUUCCAAGGUUUGAGCCUCAAACUUUUCUCCAACUUAUUAACAACAAGCACAUAGCUUUUGUUGGAGACUCUAUGGCUAGGAACCAACUAGAGUCCCUUCUUUGCAUGUUAGCCACUGCUUCAACUCCUAACCUAGUGUACAACUACAAAAAGGGCAAGGACAACCAGUUCAGCCGGUGGCACUUUCCUUCACACAAUGCAAGCAUUUCCUUGUAUUGGUCACCUUUUCUUGUGCAUGGCAUUGAAAAAUCAAGCACAGACCCGAAUAAUAAGCUCUACUUGGAUCAUGUUGAUGAGGGGUGGGCUAAGGAUAUGGACCAAAUGGACUUGAUUGUGUUGUCAUUUGGGCAUUGGCUUUUGAUUCCAGCAGUUUUCCAUGAGGGGGAUUCAGUUAUAGGGUGUCAUUAUUGUCCUGGUCUUAAUCACACUGAGAUUGGGUUUUAUGAUGUGUUGAGAAAGGCCCUAAGGACUACCCUUAAUAGCAUAGUUGAUAGGAGAAAGGGUAAAGGCAAAGGAAUUGAUAUAAUUGUAACAACAUUUACACCACAUCAUUUUGAAGGUGAAUGGGACAAGGCUGGUGCUUGUCCAAAGACUGAGCCUUAUAGAAAUGAGGAGAAGAAACUUGAAGGGAUGGAUGCUGAGAUGAGAAAGAUUGAGAUAGAAGAAGUGGAUGAUGCCAAGGCAAAAGCUAAUGAAUUUGGAAGGUUGAGAUUGGAGGCAUUGGAUGUGACCAAAUUGGCAUUGUUGAGACCUGAUGGUCAUCCGGGUCCUUAUAUGAAUCCUUCUCCACUUGUUAAUGGGAAUGUAGAACGUGUGCAGAAUGAUUGUGUUCAUUGGUGCUUGCCAGGGCCUAUUGACACAUGGAAUGAGAUUUUUCUAGAGAUGAUUAAGAACUGGGAAAGUCAGCCAAGGAGUGAAGACUGAGAUGUUUCUCAUAUCUUGUUAACUGAUUAUAUUUUAAUUUUUGUCUCUAGGUGUUGGAAAUUGACUUGGAAAAGAGCAAUUCUAAUUGAGGAAUGGAUGGUUUUAUUUGUUCUGCUUAGGUUCUUCUCUUACAUAAUGAAGGAAAUGUUUACUAACAUUAUGCUGCAACUAUUUUUUCUUUUGUGAUUCCACACAACUAAAAACUCUGAUCUCUGAUGCUUAAAGUUUGAUGGAUACUCUCCAUCUCUCCCUAUC